AUGACCGAAAAGCAACAAACAAGAAAAAAGGUACUAGCACGAAAUGCAUUACCUUCAUCUAAUGUCAAUCUAGUCUCGUCAACUCCACUAAUUAAUCAAAAACAUCAACCAGGUUGUCGAUAUCAUCAAUCUCAAUCAUUAUUAAUAUCAACACCAUUAUUAGAAUCGAUUGACUGUGGCACUAGUAAUUAUGACAUUGGUCCAGACAUAAAUGCUCUAACGUCAGCAAAUAAUAAUUUACUUAUUGAUAAAAAAAGAAAUGAUAUAUGUAAUUGUUAUUAUCAAGAUGAAAUUCUUAAUAUAUCCGACCAUAAUCGAGAAGAAGAAGAAGAAAAAUCAAAAUUUCGUCAAAAAUGUGAAAUUUAUUGUUGCUGUUGUUGUUCAUGUUUUACAAUAAUACGAAAGUUAAUUUCAUGUGUUGUUGCUAGUAAAUAUUUUGAUCGCAUUAUUUUCUCAGAUAUUAUUAUAAAUACACUUUCAAUGUCUAUUGAAUAUCAUGGACAACCACAAUCAUUAACAAAUAUAUUAGAAUAUAGCAAUUAUGUUUUUAUAGUAUUAUUUACAAUUGAAAUGUUAUUUAAAAUAAUUGCUGAAGGUUGUUUAAAAUAUAUUAACAAUCUAUUUAAUAUAUUUGAUGGUGGAAUUGUUUUCAUUAGUCUUAUUAAGUUAUAUGGAACAAAACAUAGUGGAUUAUCUGUUUUACGUACAUUCAGAUUAUUACGUGUACUUAAACUUGUCAGGUUUAUGCCAACAUUAAGACGACAAUUGGUGAGUUAG